AUGCAUCAGAUUAAAAGGAGUAUUCUAUUAAUCGCUUUACUGCCUUUGCUUAAAGCCCAGGAAGAGCAAACUUUCUCUAGAGAAAUAAACAUAUCAAACAAGGAAUAUGAGAACAUGGAUAUCUUAGCCACUACAGAGGAAACGAUCACCACAACUGUUUUUCCGCCUUUGAGAUGCCUUAACUGUAAAUUUUGUUUUCCCAAUGAGGGAAAAACUAGGAAGAAUAAAGGAAAGAAGAUGUGUCCAAUAAAAUUGGGAGAACUUAAUGGUUGCAUAUCAAUAUAUUAUAGUUAUUCUAGCUCUGCUGGAGGUCCAGACGGCUAUAUGGUGAGAAGUUGCAUUUCCGAUUUGGACGAGGACGGUCAGGAGUACUGUAGGAAAAAUUCUAAUCUUUGCGAAAAGUGUUACGACAAGGAUUGCAAUACAGUAGACAUAACUAAAAAUGGAUUGAUCACUAAUGGAAAAGCUCAAAUAAUGGCUUCAAUUUUUGUGACUUCUACUUCGACCGUUUGGCUUUUAAUGAUAAUGUAG